AUGAACCAGGUUCCUUCUUGCGCAACUGCAUCUCGACUCCUUGAAGGGAAAGAGAUCCCCGAAGCUGUCCGCUCGGCUCUGACCAAAUUGCACGCCGGCUCUCAAGCAUAUGACCUUGCGUACGAUGAUGCGAUAGAGCGCAUUAAGGGCCAGCGCAAGGACGAGGUGGAGCUCUCGAAGCAAGCUCUGUCGUGGAUCACCUGCGCUAAGCGGCCGCUUUCCACAAUAGAACUCCAGUACGCGCUUGGUGUUGAAGUGGGCGAGACAGAGCUAGACCUCGACAACAUCUCACAGAUAGAAGACAUGAUGUCUGUUUGUGCAGGACUGGUCACGGUGGAUGAGAAGAACAGUGUCAUCCGCUUAGUGCACUAUACUACGCAGGUAUAUUUCAUGCGCACGUGGAAACGAUGGUUUUCAAAUGCACAGACGGAAAUGACAGAUGUUUGCGCUAUAUAUCUGUCGUUCAGCUUCUUUGAAGUAGGAUUCUGCCGUAUAGAUACCGAGCUCGAGGACCGGUUACGACUCCAUCCUCUCUACGACCACGUCGCCUACUUCUAG